AUCUCUCUUCGUCUUGCUCCUCAGAUCGUGCAUACAUUACAAGCUUUUGCACUUCUCUCCUCCCUAAACCCCCUGUACAAUGGCCGAGUAUGAAGGAAUUCUUUUGGGAAUGGGAAACCCCCUUCUCGACAUUUCAGCAGUAGUCGAUGAGGAUUUCCUCAAAAAAUAUGAUGUCCAAUUAAAUAACGCCAUUCUUGCUGAAGACAAGCAUUUGCCCAUGUACGAUGAAAUGUCAUCCAAGUUCACUGUAGAGUACAUUGCUGGAGGUGCUACUCAGAAUUCAAUCAGAGUUGCCCAGUGGAUGCUUCAAAUCCCUGGUGCAACAAGUUACAUGGGUUGUAUAGGGAAGGACAAGUAUGGUGAGGAGAUGACCAAGAACUCACAAAGUGCUGGAGUUAAUGUGCACUAUUAUGUGGAUGAGGCUGCACCAACUGGAACAUGUGCUGUUUGUGUUGUUGGUGGUGAGAGGUCACUUAUUGCCAACCUAUCAGCUGCCAACUGCUACAAGGCAGACCACUUGAAGAAACCAGAGAAUUGGGCUUUAGUUGAGAAGGCCAAGUACAUCUAUAUUGCUGGCUUUUUCCUUACAGUGUCUCCUGAAUCAAUCCAGCUUGUAGCUGAGCAUGCAGCUGCAGCCAACAAGGUUUUCACAAUGAACCUGUCAGCGCCAUUCAUCUGUGAAUUCUUCAAGGAUGCUCAAGAGAAAGCAUUGCCUUAUGUGGAUUAUGUUUUUGGAAACGAAACUGAAGCAAGAACAUUCUCAAAGGUUCAUGGGUGGGAGACUGAUAAUGUGGAGGAGAUUGCAAUUAAGAUCUCUCAGUGGCCUAAAGCAUCAGGGACAUACAAGAGGAUCACUGUGAUCACUCAGGGAGCUGAUCCAGUUGUGGUUGCUCAAGAUGGAAAAGUUUCAAAGUAUCCAGUCAUCUUGUUGCCAAAGGAGAAGCUUGUUGACACCAAUGGAGCAGGUGAUGCGUUUGUUGGAGGAUUUUUGUCACAAUUGGUGAAAGAAAAGCCGAUUGAGGAAUGUGUGAGAGCUGGAUGCUAUGCCUCAAAUGUGAUCAUUCAAAGAUCAGGGUGCACCUACCCAGAGAAGCCUGACUUUAGCUAGUUUUCUUCAUCAAUGUGGUGGACCCAAUUUUCUUUUAGGGGGGGUUCUAUUAUCUCUCAUUAUUAUUGUUUACCUUGCAUUAUUAUUAUUAUUAUUAUUAAACCUCUUAAACCAAAUCUUGCACUAGAGUGAGAGUACUUGUUUGAUUUGUUUUGGAGGCCUUAAAUUAUGUGGUGUUUGUUGGUCUCGAAAUAUACGUUUUAUAGUGAUUAAUAAGUUUUGUUGUAACUUUUUUUUUUGGUUAAUGUAAAAGAUUAUUCAAGGAUGAGUUGCUGAUUGUGGUUUA